GGGGGGGGGGACUAGUCACCGCUAAAAGAAGAGUUGGGCCUGGCCGAGAGGGGAGUGGCCAAACCCACGCCCCGCCCCGCAGCAACGGUGGGCGGGAACUCGCCUCUUUAACCAAUCGGCACCCCGUUGGGCGACCGGUCGCCGAGGGAUUGGAUCUUUUCCCGCGGAGAGGCGGGGCCGAGCCUUGAAGAGUUGGAGGGAGGAGCCAUUUUUAGCACCUCCCCCGAGGCUGGAAAAAGAGCCGUGGCCGUUCGUCCCGCCCGCUAGAGGGCGCUGAGGGGGGACCAUGAAGCUGGUGCGCCUGCUCUGUCGCCACAAGACCCUGCUGGCAGGGCUGUCCCUCUUUGGGAUGGUGCUGCUCUACCUGGCCAAGUGCACCUCGGAGGGCCUCAAGUCCUCCCCGGGGUGGGGGCUGCCCCACCAGCAGCAGCCCCCUGCCCGGGGAGGGCCUCUGGGUGGCCCUCACCCCCCUGCGGCAGCCCCUCCGCCCCCUCCGGAGGAAGCCACCUUCCUGGCUGUGCUGGUGGUCAGCGGCCCCAAGUACACCGAGCGGCGGAGCAUCAUCCGAAGCACCUGGCUCUCGGUGGCUGGGCGGGUGCCCCGCAGCGACCUGUGGUGCCGGUUCGUUGUGGGCACCGGCGGGCUGACCGGAGAGGAGCUGCACAGCCUGGAGUUGGAGCAGAGCCGCCACCACGACCUCCUCCUCCUCCCCGACCUGCGGGAUUCCUACGAGAACCUGACGGCCAAAGUCUUAGCCAUGUACGUCUGGCUGGACCAGCACCUGGACUUCCGCUUCGUCCUGAAGGCCGACGACGACACCUUCGUCCGCCUGGACGUCCUGGCGGAAGAGCUGCGGUCCAAGGAGCCACGCCGCCUCUACUGGGGCUUCUUCUCGGGCCGUGGGCGCGUGAAGUCGGGCGGCAAGUGGAAAGAAAACGCCUGGCUCCUGUGUGACUACUACCUGCCUUAUGCCCUGGGCGGUGGCUACGUCAUCUCGUCCGACCUGGUGCGCUACCUGCGCCUGAGCCAAGACUAUCUCAACCUUUGGCAGAGCGAGGACGUCUCCUUGGGGGCCUGGCUGGCUCCCGUGGAUGUCAAGAGGAUUCACGACCCUCGCUUUGACACCGAGUACAAAUCACGUGGUUGCAACAAUAAGUACGUGGUGACGCACAAGCAGAGCCUGGAAGACAUGCUGGAGAAGCAUCAGACUCUGGCUAAAGAAGGAAAGCUUUGCAAGGAGGAAGUGAAACUCCGACUCUCGUACGUGUAUGACUGGAACGUGCCUCCUUCCCAGUGCUGCCAGAGGAAAGACGGCAUACCCUGAAACCCAUGGACUGGAAGGGAGGAAGGGAAGCCGAACUGUUGCAAGGGACGGACAGGUGUCAGAACUUUCACCCAGAAUGCCUAAUCGUACUUCAUCGUUUUUAAACUUUCAGAGUAAUCCUAUUUUCAUUUGACGGAAGAACACGGAGCCUUCUGCGUUUCUCCGAAACUUAGGACCCUAAAUUAUACAUUCAUAAAGGGGACGUCACUCUGUGGGAUGUGAAACGUUUAAAAAACAGUGUUCCAAAACAACUGUGUUAAGUGACACAGCCAUUCUCCAUGACAGUAAAUGUACAUUUUGGGCAAAUGCCAGUACUGGUGACCGUUUCUCCCCUAUCCCUUACUUCAAAAGGAUGUAGACUUUUUCCCCCCCUAAGGCUGUUGAUGGGUUAAAAGAGUCCCAUAUCAGGAGAGCAAUUAAAACAUGAACCCCAAUGGAAUUACAAAUUAAGGUGCUGCCAAUCAUUGUCAUUUCUGAACUGAAGUGGCAACUUCUGUCGGAGAUUCACAUGCUGACAUUUUUUUUAAAAUGGAAUAUCCUUGACUUGACGCUUCUGUUUCACUUGGAUAAUUUCUCGAAUGUCCGUUAUUACAACAUCUUCCACUUCCCGAUUGCUAUCGUCUGCUCUUUGAAUCACCUUUCCCUUUACUCAAAAUGGGGAUGUUUUAAUCUAAGAACAACAUUUCAGGGUGAUUCACAUGAUCGGAUGCUGGAGCUAUCAUUGUGGCCUAUUGGAUGGCUGGGGAAGAUCAGCUAUUUUUAAGAGGCGGCUUAAUUGCGGAAGAAGACAGCUUCAUUUUGACGGAAAAAUCCACACCAUCCCUGAGGGAAUUGGAUGUUUUUAAAAUUGUGGCUGUUACUUUUUUCAAAUAUACUGUUGAUGAUUAAAACAGGAUUACAUCCUUUUCUUAGGGACCAGUAUUUGAGCUAUAACUCUAGAUUACAAUGAGCCGAAAUGAGAGAUGCUAAAUUGGAUGCCUUCCUUGAUCAAUUUCUUUAUUUAAGAGAACUAUUUGAGAGCAAAUAGGUUGCAAAUAACGAUAAUCUCAUUUGCACACCCUGGUUGUUUACACCAGGCCUAGUUUUGACAAGGGGGGGCUUAAUUCACUCAGAAUUUAUGUACUGUCACUGCCUUUCUGGUGAUGAUAGUACAUAGGCUUCAGUCAAAGUCACCUCAAAAACCUUUAUUGUGGCCAUGAUGCCCAAGGUGUUAAAAGAGUUCUGGACCAAAGGAUUUUCAGAAAGAUCUUAUAGAUGGAUGGAAUUGUUUCUUUUUAAGGAUGAAUUGUGCCCUGUUGGAUGGAGGGACUCAUAAUUUUUAUAUUGUUGCGGGGGGGGGGCUGUUAACCAUGUUUGUUUUUCCUGGCAUCUAGAAUAAUCCUGGCUCUAAAUAUUUACAUUUUUCCAUAGAUAUUUGAACUUUCCCCCCCCUUAGGGCUUAAUCUGCUUUUCAUUCAGAAAGCACUCAUAGCAGAGAAUCUGAGAUACAUAUCUAUUUAAUGCUUAGAUCGAAUCAAGAGAAAAUUAUGAUCCAACCAUGUUUUAAAGAAAGAGUUGUCAAAUUACAUUUUUAUUUAUUUUUUCCUGGUGGUCUCCCAUGAGAGUUCUAUCAAGACCGACUGUAAUUCGCUUUUUCUGAGAUUACUUGAGGCCGGGCAGUAGCUGCUACUUUGCUACAGGAGCAAAAUUAGUUUGUUUUAACGAUGGACUUUUGGCCAUGUUCGGCAGCUCAUCAGUUGUCCUAGCUUCCUUUGAGAAAUUAGUUACCAGAAACAAUUGAAAAUAUUUGUCCCCUCCAAGGGCAGUUAGUAUUGUAUGUAAAAUUACGUGCUUAUAAUAAUAGUGAUAAUUUAUUUAUAAAUACUGUAAAUGUACUGUGUAUAGUUUCAGGCCUGAGGAAAAUGGUUGAAUGUCUUAGUCAUUUUAAUUUAUUAAAGGAAUGUGUUGGAAGCUCAGAA